AUGACCUCUAAGCCCCAAGUUCAUUCCCAAUUCACCGUCUCGUCAGGAUGCCUAUGCUACGGGCACCUCCACAAUAUGUGGCACGGAAAGUCUAUGCCUAUCCAGCCGUUUCCCAGUGCACUCGAGCGCGAGACGGGUGGGACAGUCCUAUGCCAGCUCGUGCACUUCAAUAUCGCUGCUCAAAACGGCACCUGGCUGGCCUAUCAGCUCAUGGACAACAGGACGAACGAAGUCGCGGCCUGGUUUGUGUGUCACUCCCACGUCAACCUGGAGACGGAGAUUGACAAGAUUCUUCGUGUCUCCGGAGCACCUCAUGAAGACGGCAGUGGAAGUCGAUUCCUUGAUGAAAAUACCGUGGCCGAGGGGGUGCUCCCCAUUAAUCGAUAUGACUGGGGCUAUUACGACUACCGCUGUCGGGAAAAUGUGGCUGACACUGAGGAGGAAGCGAACGAGAGCGAGGAUACGUACGUGUAUGGAGAACAUGUUGGUCUUGUUGACUACGGCCAUGCGGAGGAGUACAUUGAGAAGUGGAAAGGUGUGAGGGCUCACAAGAGGGCGAAUCAGACACAUGGGCUAUGGAUGACCAUUGAGUCGGAAUACAUGUUUGGCCGCUUCGGUUUCAACGACGACCGCACGGCUGCAAGAUCGUUCCUGUGGUUCUCUAUAGAUACACGCUUCACACAGACGACAUUUGCUGGGAUGGAGCGCACGUUGAGGGUUGAGGCGUUGGGGGAGUCGAGCGAGGAAAAGUUUCAUCGGCAAUUAAGAGAGGGGUGCAAACUUGACGGGCUGGACGAGUUACAUGAACAGAUCAAGUUGUUUGAUAUGGUUCACAGGAUACCGCCCGAGGCCGAGUGCUUGGGACCUUAUGAUGCAAACGAGCAUAUUCUUCACGCCGCGGAUGUGGAUGCCCUUCGGCUUGCUCUCCAGCUUCCGGAGGGUGUUGGCCACCCCGAGUUUCCGGAGCCGUUGAAGGAUGCAAUCGUGGCGCUUCUGAAUAACGUCUUAAUGAGUUAUCUCGAGAAGGUCAUGGUCCCUGCGUCCUCUGCCCAAGCUACCACCUGCUCAAUAGCAGCGUCUCUAUUCCCAAACUAUGAAACUCUGCAGUCUAUCGACGGGCAAAUGUACGCAGCCAUGACGAGGCCCAACUCCAGAUCCAUUGAAGGGUAUGAUGGAGUUGCAGUCGGGGAGAGGAUUCAAAGGUUUCUUGCGCUUCGUUGUGGAGAUGGCAACUUGGCCAGAGAUGGCGAGUUUAUUGCCGGGCUGGUGGCGGUCGUCGCGUACUUGGUUUCCGAGUUGUUGGAGCUGGCGGAUAAUUACAGGAGAGAUUGUAUGGUGAGCGGCACCGGUCCAUUGCAUUUACGGCUGGCGGUGAAGAACGAUGAUGAUUUGUUGGAUAUGUUUAGGUUUUCGAAGAUGUAUUGGUAUGGUGAUGGCACGGAGCGGGAGCCGGAGAGGGAACAGUAG